UGAAUUAAUAGGCAUCAUUAAUCGAUCGACGAUCCCAGCGCUCUCUUCACUGUGGCUCUGCUCUCUGCUCGACUCGACGUCUUUUGGGGAAAAAAAUGGCAACAACAGUGAAGCUCAACACCGGUGCCCAAUGUCCCAUUGUGGGACUGGGGACAUGGAAGUCGACCGAAGGGAAGGUCACAGAGGCCGUGAAAGCCGCCAUCUCAGCCGGCUACAGGCACAUUGAUGGAGCGUUCGUCUACCAGAACGAGACAGAGGUUGGAGAGGGGGUCCAAGCCAUGGUCAAGGAUGGCGUGGUCAAGAGGGAAGAUCUUUUCAUGGUUAGCAAGCUGUGGUGCACUUUUCAUGGAAAAUCCCUGGUGAGACAAGCCUGCGAGAAGACCCUAAGUGAUCUUAAACUGGACUAUCUAGACCUCUAUCUAGUGCACUGGCCCAUGGGAUUCAAGGCUGGCAGUGAGCAGUUCCCUCUGGAUAGCGCAGGAGAGACAAUCAGUGAUGAGACUUCCUUCCUGGAGACAUGGGAGGGAAUGGAGGAGCUGGUGGAUGCAGGUUUGGUCAAAGCUAUCGGGGUGUCCAACUUCAACAAGGCACAGAUUGAAACUAUCCUCAACAAGCCAGGGCUCAAAUACAAACCUGCCAACAACCAGGUCGAGUGUCAUCCAUACCUGACCCAAGAGAAGCUGAUCGACUUCUGCCACUCUCAGGGCAUCUCGGUGACGGCUUACAGCCCCCUGGGCUCCCCUGACAGACCCUGGGCUAAACCUGAAGACCCCUCACUGCUGGAAGAUCCCAACAUCAAAGCCAUUGCUGAGACGCACAAGAAGACACCUGCUCAGGUCCUGAUCCGCUUCCACGUCCAGAGAAACGUGAUCGUGAUCCCCAAGUCGGUCACACCUCACCGCAUUCAGGAGAAUUUCCAGGUGUUUGACUUUAAACUAUCUGAGGAGGAAAUGAAGACCAUAUUAGGAUUUAACAGGAACUGGAGAGUCUGUCCCAUGCAAUGGAGCACAAAGCACAAGGACUACCCGUUUAAUGCUGAGUUCUGAAGUGGAGAAAUGCAGAUUUUCCACAGGAUCACCAUUCAGGAGUUCGCCUCUCCAACUUCUCUAAGAGUCGCUUUGCUCUUCUUUUGAGUGGUUUGCAAAAGAAGUGUAGCCUUGUGGCUGACUUUCAAUGACCUGUUACUUGUUUAACUUACCAAUACUUCCUCCAAACACACCAAAAUGAGUUUUACAUCAAAUAAGAGACGCUCACUGAUCCAAUCUAAGGCCAUUAUGUAUUAUUAAGUGAGUAAUCAUUCAGGGUUGAUUCUUAGCAUACAAUCACUCCAUUUUUAUAUUUUAUUUGAGGUUUGACUUGAAAACUGACAAAAGUACGUACAGUACAUUCUGAUGUAUCCAAACUGAAGAUUUCAUCAGCGCUUGUUUUACAUGCAUUUGCCUUAAGAUACAUCAUAAGAGCUCUUCUCAUGUAGCUUUAUGUUAUUCCUACACUUUCACUUGGUAACCUGGUUUCCAUUUGUCUCUUGACUGCAAAAACUGCAAAAUAAAAAGCACUAAAUCAUCUCUGUUACAAAAACAUGUUGCCUCGACAACGAUGACUUAAAGCACUUCCCUGUGUUACUUGUGAGUCACAUGUGACACUUUAAAAUCAUGUGUGUUUAGACUCUUACAAAAUCCCUCCUUUCACUUCCUGGUUGGGCUGUUUUUCCAAACACUGAAAUAAAGUCUUGUGGGGAAAUUA